AUGAAGUUUGAAGAGUAUCAAGCGCCCCGGGAGAUCGAGGUGACCAUCGGCCCCGGGAUCCUGGCCACGGUGGCGGUGCCUCACGCCGUCGACACCGACGACUACCACGCCAUGGGCUACGCGCCGCCCACGCUGAAGAUGGCGCUCAUCCUCCACGGCCAGGGCGGCCACCGCGACUACUGCUACCAGAAACGGCUUGCCCACGCCUUGGCCAAGGAGUUGGGUGUCUACUCGUUGCGGAUCGACUUCCGCGGGUGUGGCAACUCCGCCGAUAACGCCAACGACAAGGUGGGGCGGGUCAUCUCCCAGGACGUCGCCGACAUCCAGGCCUGCGCGGAGUGGAUUGUCGACAGCAGCAAGCACGGCUUGGGUGUCGAGUUUACGCUUUCUCUGAUCAUUGCCCAUUCUAGAGGGGCAGUGGCGAUGUUCUUGUGGGCGAUUGAGCAGAACCAGAUCGCUAAGCUGGAAGACCCGUCCAAGGCGAUCAUCGUCCCCAAUUUGGUUAAUUGUUCGCUGAGAUUCCGCCUGUGGACGGUUAUCGACCGCUACCCCAUCCUCUCCCCUGAAUUUGAUUCGUUGCCUCAACGGUGCUUGCGCCACGGUAAGUUGACCGAUGUACCCAUUCCUCGCCAGGAACUUCUUGAGUUGGCUAAACCCGAUAUGACUCGAGUCAAAGAGCUCCCCUUGGACUGGUCGACGCUUUGCAUUUACGGGCUAGAGGAUACCAUCGUCCCCAUUGAGGACUUUGCCUACUACACCAACUACUUAAACCGCGGCUACUACUCAAACAAGCUUGAAAUUAUCCCUCGCGCCGACCACAACUUCUUCGGUACCGUCGCCAUCGAAUCGGAGUCCGAUGCCGCCGAGUUUAACCCUGACGGCUACCCGUUGAACCGUCGUAAACUCGUCAACUACAACUACGAGGUCGUCGACCGCAUCCUCCUGUGGUUACAGCCGCACCAGGAGCUCAAACGGUUUGUGGCGCUGCUGUACGACAUUGGCCGUUUCCCUCGUUGGAAACAGGUGGAAGGAAUUCUGAACUUCCGCGACCUCGGUGGGUGGAAAGUGGCCCAUCCACGUUACCCCGAGGCCGACGGCAACUCCCACAGCUACUACGUGGUGCCCAACUUGGUGUUCCGGUGUGCGCUGAUGACCACCGUCACCGAUGCUGGGGUACAGGCAAUCAAGCGGCUAGGGGUAGUUACCGUGUUUGAUUUGCGGUCCCACGGUGAAGCUAAGGAUGACGGCGUCCACGAGAAGCUCGCCGCCGCCGGCAUCACCCGUAUCCACUCGCCUGUGUUCACCGACGACGACUACUCGCCCGAGCUGAUCGCCAUGCGCUACCAGAACUUGAUGACGCUGUGGAGCACCUACAUCAACGUGUACGAGAAAGUGUUGGACGAGGGGUGGGGCGCCUACAAGACGAUCUUCGAGUACAUUCGCGACGACGGCCGCCCGUUCCUCUUCCACUGCACUGCCGGUAAGGACCGCACCGGUGUGCUUGCCAUGCUUAUCCUCUUGCUCUGUGGCGUCGACCACCACACCAUUGCUCGCGAGUACGAGUUGACCACGGUGGGGCUUCAACCGGACCACGCCAAGAUCAAGGCUAAGUUUGUCGACACUGUCGACAAGUUGAAGCUGAAGAUGGGCGAAGCCGGCGACGCUCUCGAGGCCGCCAUUGCUCAGGGACGCGCUAACUGGACGUUGGAAGAAGACGGGUUCAACAACUUGAUCUCGCUGCGCUACGAGGCGAUGUUGGACACCAUCUCUAUGUUUCACCAAAAAUACGGCGGCGUCGUCAGCUACAUGAGAGAUAAGUUUGGCUUUAGCGAAGCCGAUAUCCGCCAGAUCCACGCCCGGUUGGUGAUCACCGACCCGCAGCAGGACGGCUUCACCACCGAGAACCACUUGAAGUGGACGGCGCGGUGCAACGAAAAGGCCAAGAUCUGA